AUGGCGGAUCCAACACACACCGACCCCCUCUCGCUCCUCCGCCUCUCCAUCAGCACCACCACACCCCCCACGCUCUCGCACACCCCCCAGCCCGCUGACCCCUCCUCCACAACUCCCAUCAGCCUCUCCACCGCCACUUACCUCAUCUUCGCGCACCCCACUACGCGCGCCUUCCCUCUGUCCACUCCCACCCGCUUCCACAAGUCUGACAGCACUCCCGUCGACCUCCGCAGCAUCUACUUUGCGUGGCAGCACCGCGAGGACACCAUCCCCGACUACAUCUCGAAAGCGCAGGCCCUCGGUGAUGGUGUUGUAACCAAUCUUGCCUUCUUGGAGCGCCUCGAGCUUGUCACAUGGCUCGAGGGCGGCCAGGAGGACAGCGAGUUCAUCAAGGCGCUUCCUGCGCCCGCGGCAGUUGCGGCGGCGAACACAGCGCAGAGCGUCGGUGGGCAGGUGGUCCAGGGAAGAGCACAGGGCUAUACGAGUGGGGGCAGUGGGGCGCUGGCUGGGAAGGUGAGAGCGACGGACCCAAGACUCUUGGAGAUCUACAGCUAUGAAAGAGUCGUCACGAAUCGGAAUACACUCCUCAGGGGGAUUAAACCAACUGACUUCUCCCACGUCCGCAAACAGGCCGAAGACUUUAUCACGCGCCUGCGCACGACCAAGCCACCAACCGCCUCUGUCCCUGCGACCAAGUCUCUCCCUCACCGUGGUCCGCCAACUGCCAUCCCCGCCUCCCUAACCCCCAAGCAACCAAAGUCCCGCUCUCGCAUCGACCCCAUCAUCUUGCUCUCCCCCUCGGCCUCCUCUCUCCUCACAAUGGCUAACAUCAAACCCUUCCUCGAGUCGGGCGUCUUCUCGCCGUCCACGACCGCCUCCGGGCCACACCCCCAGAUCCACCACGUCUCACGCCUCCUUCCAAGCAUCCAUCCUACAACCCCGUUCCGCUUCAUCAUUGUCGACUCCCCGGAGAAGUUCAAGCCCGACUACUGGGAUCGGGUGGUGGCGGUGUUCACCACUGGGCAGAGCUGGCAAUUCCGCGGGUACAAGUGGUCCAACCCCGUAGACCUGUUCCGUGAGGUUCGGGGCUACUAUGUUGGCUGGGAGGGCGAGAAGACGCCAGAUGUGGUGAAGGGAUGGGGUGCUGGAGUGCGUUGCUAUAAUGUGGAGAGGGCAAGGCGGUUUAGGGACCGAGAGGUGUGCGAGAAGAUCUGGGAGGGUGUAGAAGUGUGGAUGAGGGGUAAAGGGUGGGGACAAAACGGCAGGUAG